CUGCUGGCGGCUGGCGGCACGGCGGAGGCACUCCCCGCCCGCCUGCUCCGCCCCGUCGGCCCCGCCACGCUGCGCCCGGCCUCACGUCGCACAGCUACGCGUCGCGUCCGCCAGUCGUGCGAGUGCGGGCGAGUAGCUCGGAGCGUCAGGCCGGUGCCUGCCCUGGCGGAGCGGUCUGCUCGUGUCCGGAACGGAAGUUUGAAGUUGUCGACCCGUUUUUUUUCGGCCGCUGAACGCCUCCUGAGCAUACGCCCACGGCCCGCGGCUGGACAACUGGCAACAUGCGCAAGUCUGGCGGCCGCUGCCGCUCGGACGCGCGGGCCGCGUCCUGCCUGCACUGCAGCCCCUUCGCGUUCGUGUCCAGCUGACGCCGGCCCCGAGGGCCUGGCUGCCGGGCCUAGCAGGACCCCGCUUCCGCAAUAUAUUUCGAACACCACUCUGUAACAUGUGCGGUGCUUUCUGUGGGACGAAAGGGCUCGCCGUCGACAGCCUGGUUAGGAUAUUGUGACGUGAGAAGUGUCUCGAAGUGACAGUGCUUGUGAUUUCCGCACAAUACGCCAUACCGGUGGGUGUUUUGCAUUCGUGGCGUUAACUUAUCGGCCGCUACUUGCCCGCCGUUUUCUGUGAACUCCGAGGACUUCUUCAGCGCUAGUGAACGACUUCGCACCGACUCCGUCCGCACCGCAAGGACUCCGCCGGCCCGGUGUGCCCCCCUCCCUCCCCACUUUCUCCCCCUCCCGCGGAGACAAUGAUGAACAAGUCCGGCUACGAGCCCCACGUCCACCCUCGGCGCGAGUCGAUGGGCCCCAUGGGGGGCAUGGGGGUCCGCGCGCACGUCCGCGAGGUGCUGGGCAUGCGCCGCUCCUCCGCGCUGCUGCUGCUCUUCCUGUUCUUCUACCUCGGCUACCUGGUCGCCGGCGGACUGGUGUUCGCCACCAUCGAGGCCCCCGCCGAGGCCCAGCUGAAGGGCGCCCUGGUCCGCGCGCGACAGGCGUUCCUGGAGAAGCACCCCUGCGUGUCAGACUCGGACUUGGAGCUGCUCCUCAAGGAGGUGGUGUGGGCGGCUGACAGAGGCGUCUCCGCCGUCAACAACGUGACCGGGCAGCCCAACUGGAGCUUCGGACAGUCCAUCUUCUUCUCGUCCACCGUCGUCACUACAAUCGGAUACGGUCAUGUGACGCCGCUCUCCAAGGUGGGCAAGCUGUUCUGCAUCGUGUACGCCAUCUUCGGCAUCCCGCUGACGCUCGUCUUGUGCACGGCCCUGGUGGAGCGGCUGCUCGUCCCCACCACGCUCCUCCUGCAGUGGCUCAACGCGCGCCUCGGGCACCUGUACCAGCCCUUCUACAUCCGCCUGCUGCACCUGGCCUUCAUCGUCAUCCUCCUGGUCAGCUUGUUCCUGCUGAUCCCCGCGGCGGUGUACGCGUCGCUCGAGCCCGAGUGGGACUACAUGGACGCGCUGUACUACUGCUUCAUCUCCCUCACCACCAUCGGACUGGGCGACUACAUCCCCGGCGACUACCCUGGCCAGGCCUACCGCCCGCUCUACAAGGUCCUCACCACUGUGUACCUGCUUGUCGGCCUGACGUUCACCAUGCUGACGCUGGCCGUGUUCUGCGACAUCCCCCAGCUCAACGUUGGCCUGCUGUUCAUGGCUCGCUCCGACGAGACGACCACGGACCCGGAGAAGGUCCGGCUGAACCAGCCCGCCGUGCACGGCCCGGGGUACACGCAGCAGCGCGUCCACGUGCGCGCCCGCCUCGACUCGCCCAGCCCCGAGGAGGUCACCCCCGUGCACGCCCGCCCCUAGGCUGGGCUGGGCGCGCACCGGCCAGGCCAGGCCGCAUCCUAGGGUGGCCUUAGGCCCCAUCGAAUUCACCCGAAAAUGCCACAGCCCGUGCUCACGUAUAGUUAGAACCCUCGUUGAAGUUGAAGUGAGCGCGCCGGCGCCGCGGAGCAGCCCCGGCCCGGCCGCCCUCACGCCCGCCGGCCUGAGCCCGGCCACGAGCUGGUAUUGUGCUGGCCUCAGGCCGGCGGUGUAGGCAAGGCAAGGCGUGGGCCAGCGGCGGGGCGCGCAGGGGCCUGACCACACCCCUCUCUCAGGGUGUCGUGGCCGUGGUUCGCGUGGGCUGUUUGGGAUGGCGGCUGACGUGACGGGUGUCGGACGGCCUCCACCACGCCGUGAUGCUGCCGCCAGUCCAUUCGCCUUUAGAGAAACGACCUCUUCUAGAUGUGAAACAUCUCUAACCUUGGCGUGUGAACUGCCUCGGGUGUCAUUCAUUGCCCUGCGGGUCCUCCUGCUGGGUUGUUCGCAGGGGCGGGUGGAUCCGGGCCGGGUCUCAACGGGGGCGACGCCACUUCUACCUAUCAGUUCCUCUGUUGAAGUCCCGAUGCUGAAUGGAUGGUUGGAAUUGGGGGGACGAGGGUGGGUAAGGGCGCUCGUGAGUAGGGCGUGGUCUCUUUUGCGCGGUUCCCAUUCAUUUAGUGCCAACAACAACAACAUUUAGCCCCUUUCCUUGACGAAAAUGAAUGUUAUUCUUACUAUAAAUAUCAUUAUUAUUAAUGUUAACUAUUAUUUAAAGCACCAGAGGCGCGGGCGUCUCACCCUUUGGUGACUGUGGAGACCGCGUCAAGAAAGAUUACGCGCAUUUAUUGUCUCAGUCGUCAGCUAAAAUUAAGUAUUUUGUCAUCACACACUAGUCAUGCCCACCACUUAGGUCUUCGGUCACCUCACUAGUCAUAAGAGGUUGUACAAGACAGAUAUACAAGCUAGUGUUAGUGCAAGAGAACACGCAAAAAACGUGACGAGAAAUACCAUAGUACUCGUUUUAAUCUCAGCAUAUGCAAUCGCUCUUGCCGAACCUCUUUAUAUAAUUUGCAUGGCAGCAAAAAACAAACGCUUGGAGACCAUGGCUAGCUUGUAUAGUGAGUCGGCGAGUAGACUGUCGCCUAUCCUUCCCCUGCUAGAGGUCGUUUCUACGAACCAAACCAAUUCCCGGUGUUGGCCGAUGAUAGACUCCUUCCACACCUCGAUAGUCUAUUUUUCUGCUAUGUUUUCUCUUCAUAAGUUAGACGGGAAAGCAAAGUUUUCUGACAUAUAACCCUCAGAAACUAAAAGUUGUUUGGUAUAACAACUAUAUACGACUCCUUCAUAGUAUCUACCUCUCGACUUCUAUCUCUAUUUCUUCCUGUGAGUGGAAACAAGUAAAGUGCGUACACACGCACAGCCGUAACAAAAACCUAACGCACAUUCCGCACUCCGCUAACAUUACAGCGCUUACAAGUUUUGUUUCGAAACGGAACGCCAUCAUAUACGGUGUCUUUGCCAUGUUGUUCAGAACUAAUCAUGAUUGCAGGCAUAUUAUUGAGUGAAUAUAUAACAAGCAGUUGUGGGUAGAGAGUGUACGCUGGUAGUGGAAAUAAUGAAACAAUAGCCGCACUCUAUUUUGAGAGAGGGAGCAAUCUCUAUCCAGCCAUGACGCGCAGACUGAUUAUAUUAUACUAAUACGUACGAGUAAGGAACGCACACACGAGCUCCAAAAUAUGUUUUUGACAAACCAUCUUUAUUUUCAUACAUUAAACGCCGCACCUCUCGCCCGUUUAUUCCGAUCAGCGAUUCUUCAAUUCGCCCUAAUGAGAGGUCUGGUAUCAUUCGCGCCAUUUAUUUAGAUUUAGGCUGUGAAGUAACACGAAAAACUUGUAUAUAUUUUACAUAUGAUAUGCACUCUUCCUUUAUGAACGUGACAUUGCUGCAGGUAGGGGCACCCCUCCUAGGACCAAACUAUCCUUAGACUAGAGAAGUAUGUAAAGGGCUUUGAAAGAAUGGGGUUGCGGUCGGUUGCAUGUAUUACCUCGCAAAACCCAAACACGAUAGUACCUAAAGACAUGGCGACGAGCCUUCCAGACUGUUAUGGAACUAAAAUCAAAAUCACAGCUUUUGCACUCAACAUAUCCCGUAGAGUUGAGUUUUUACGAGUAUUAGUACCACGAAGUAGGAGCACAAUCAAAAUGUCAAAAGCCGUCAGUGUUGCACCUCAGUCUCAAAAAAGCCGGGUGUAUAUCGUGUAUGAGUGCAUGUGUCGAAGUGUUGCGAGUUUGUCUUCUCCCUCCGUAGGGCGGUAUUGUUCGUGCAGCCUGGGCGUGAAGCAAACCCACCACAUUCCUGGUACACCUGUCACGUAGUAUAUUUCAGCAACGUCGUAGUAAUGUGAGGAACACCAUGAAAAAAAUCUCUGAAACAAUUUGGUUUCGGCUAUGCUUUGUAAACGUUGAAAAAAUAAAACCUGGGCACUGACAGACA